AUGACGACUUCGCUGCUCCUGCACCCGCGCUGGCCUGAGAGCCUUAUGUACGUCUAUGAGGACAGCGCGGCGGAGAGCGGCAGCGGCGGCGGCGGGGGAGGCGGCAGCGCGGGCGGAGCGGGGGGAGGCUGCAGCGGAGCGAGCCCCGGCAAAGCCCCGAGUAUGGACGGGCUGGGCAGCAGUUGCCCGGCCAGCCACUGCCGCGACCUGCUUCCACACCCGGUGCUGGGCCGCCCGCCGGCUCCCCUGGGCGCCCCUCAGGGUGCCGUCUACACGGACAUCCCGGCCCCGGAGGCGGCGCGCCAGUGCGCCCCGCCGCCAGCGCCCCCCACCUCGUCCAGCGCCACCCUGGGCUAUGGCUACCCGUUUGGUGGCAGCUACUACGGCUGCCGCCUGUCACACAACGUGAACCUGCAGCAAAAGCCUUGCGCCUACCACCCAGGCGAUAAGUACCCGGAGCCGUCGGGCACCCUGCCCGGUGAUGACCUGUCCUCCAGGGCCAAAGAGUUCGCUUUCUAUCCCAGCUUCGCCAGCUCCUACCAGGCGAUGCCCAGCUACCUGGACGUAUCAGUGGUGCCUGGGAUCAGCGGGCACCCGGAGCCGCGUCACGAUGCGCUCAUCCCCGUGGAAGGCUACCAGCACUGGGCUCUCUCCAACGGCUGGGACAGUCAGGUAUACUGCUCCAAGGAGCAGUCGCAGUCCGCCCACCUCUGGAAGUCUCCCUUUCCAGACGUGGUUCCUCUACAGCCUGAGGUGAGCAGCUACCGGCGCGGGCGCAAGAAACGGGUGCCCUACACCAAGGUGCAGCUGAAGGAGCUAGAAAAGGAGUACGCGGCCAGCAAGUUCAUCACCAAAGAAAAGCGCCGGCGCAUCUCCGCCACUACGAACCUCUCGGAGCGCCAGGUCACCAUCUGGUUCCAGAACCGGCGAGUCAAAGAGAAGAAGGUGGUCAGCAAAUCGAAGGCGCCUCAUCUCCACUCCACCUGACCGCUUACCUGGCCACCUUUCCCCUCUAUUUAUGUCGCCGCUUUGUACCAUAACCGAAUCCACCGAAGGACCCUUCGCCGGUGCAGAGGAAUAUUUAAUGUUAACCAGAAAGAGGAACCGUAUCGCCAGGAGGCAGCGAGUAUCCGAGCGGCGCACUGCCGCCCCCUACUCCCCACAUUAUCUUCAAUCCCCCACCCCACCCAGAUGGGACCUACUGGGCCUCAACAACUUUGGAGGUGGGUCCCCGUGGGCUGUGGAAGAAAGGCUGCCGGCCCCCACCCCCUUUCACCCUUACCCCUGUCCUUGCCGGAAAGCCGAGUGGCAGCAAAGAGCCAGAUCAUUCCAAUCAAAGCAGAGUUGGGGAACACCCAGCGACCCCAUGCUUGCCUCCCCCUUUGCCAGGCAGGUAGAGGACCCUCCUGGGGGUGCGGCCUCCGUGUAGGACCUGGCGAGCUUAUAAGUCCCUCCCAGUCCCCCCCACUCAUCCUUCCUGCACUCUUUAGUUAGACAAGAAUUCCCAGUUAAGAUUUUCUGUGCAUAUUUUAAAAGUCACAUUCAUAGGAAUGAUAAUUUUUAGGGAUCUGGCAUCAUGAUUGGAGUACAGGCAGCACAUAGGUU